AUGCCUCCGCGCCGCCGCUCCGCCUCCGGCUACUUCGGCGUUCGGGCGCGGCCAAGCGGCCGCUUCGACGCGGAGAUCCGCUUCGGCGACGAGCGGAUCCGCCUCGGGACAUUCGACACGGCGCACGAGGCGGCGCGGGCGUACAACGCCGUCGCUCGGCGCCUCGGCCGCUCCCGUCGGGCGAUGAACUUCCGCGACGUCCGGACGCGGGAGCAGGCGGAGGCGCUCGCACCGCCAUCGCCAACCAUCACGCGCGAGCAGCAGCGCCGCCGACGGGAGCUCGAGCAGCGGCUCCUCAUCGCCGAGCGCGACGAACGCCUCCGCCUCGAGUGGGCGCGCCAAUUUCCCGAAGACGUCGCCGCGAUGGAGGCGUUUUACAAUCAGAAAGAGGAGGAGAAGGCGGCGGCAGCGGUGAAGAAGGCGAGCCGCGAGAAGCGCCGGGCGGAGUCCGCGGCGAGGAAGGCGGCGAGGGCUGAGAAGGAGGCAAGGAAGGAGGAGGAGAGGAAAAACGGCGCCGGGCCGUCCACCAUCGUUCUCUCCUCCUCCUCCUCCUUCGAGUGGACUUCGACGCCGGUGUCCGAGACGACUCCGAGCAGCCACUCCUCCGACUUCACGUGGGAUUCGGAGUAG